AAACAUGUAAUGAUGGAGGAACCAAUGAGCGUCAUCUCAGUUUCCGGUCGGAAGCUAGUUCCUAGCGCACUCCAUCAAACUGAAAACAGAAAAUGCCCCCUCGGAGCAGGCCGACCCCUUGGAUCGAGAGUCUGAUCCUGAGCUACGGGAGCCAGGAGGCGGGCAGCAGCACCGGCGCCCGCCUGAAGGCUGAUGUCAUCGGAGUGGGUCAGAUGACCCAGUCCCAGAGUCGAGGCUCCGAUGGCCCAACAGGGCUGCUCUUCCUGUCCGAUGGACUGCUCCAGAUUCCCGCCGUGCUCACCGCCUCCGCUUGGGAACACAUCCAGGAACACGAGGAUCGGGAGUGCUUCAGCAGCCUCCUGAACACCACCGUGUGCCUGCAGGACUACCGGCUGCAGUUCCACAUGGACCCGGAACAGACCAAGUGCAGGUUCUUCCUGUCAGUGGGUGAGCUGGCCACCACUGCAGCAGGUCCGGUUAAAGACACCACUCCCUGCUGCACCAGCUUGGCCUCCGUUAGGAUGAAGAUCUGCAGAACCUGGAGGUCUCUGCUUGGUCAGGAGGACUCCCAGUGGAGCCAGGCUGGACUGGAUCUGUCCGAGCUGCUGGGGGAGUGGCAGCACGACUGCCUGCAGACCCUGCUGCGGGACGUCAGGGAGAGGCUGAUGGCUCUGAGGAGCUCCCAGCCCUCCACCUCUGCUCACAGCCCAUCUCUGAGCCGCUCCACUGCCACCAGCUGGGACCUGGACCGGGUCAGGUACAGAGGAGAGCCAAGCUUCAGCGUCCCGGUGAAGUUUCUUCUCGUCCCAGAGGAAGAUGCUCAGCAGCUGGAGGCGGAUGGAGGCAGAAGUCAGACGGGAGCACAGGCUUCUUCUGCUGAGGAUGCAGAAUGGCAGAUAGCUGACCCUACAGGUGGAGAGAUGGUGCAGGCUGCAAGUGGAGGGAUAGCGCGUGAUCCAGACAACGCAGGUGGUGCAGGUGAACAGGUGGUGCAGGAUUCAGGUGAGAGAUCUCCCUUUCUGUUGGAAGACAUCGCUCCUUUUCCGGAACUAACCACCAGUCUUGCCUCCAACCCGUGGGACAUGUUUCCCCCUCCAUGCGUCACCUCGUCAACCUCCGAUUCAUCCCCAGAAUCUACUCCGACGCUCCCUCGCCCACAACCUGACUCUGUUGCCGUGGUAACCAGCACGCAGCUGCCCACCCACAGCUUCAUCCCACCUUACCAGAACCAGCCUGCCAGUAGCCUUCCGCCGACUUCCUCUACCUCAUCAACCACCGUGAGUCCACCAAAGCCUCUUGCCUCAGAUGGAACCAACACCCCUUCAGUGCUGCAGAACCAGCAGGAGGAUCCUGUUAAGGAAGACUACAGAAAGCCCAAGAGGAAGCGGUGUGAAGUCACACCGGAGGCUGUGGGGGAGGAGGAGGAAGUUAUUGGGAGUCCUCCAUCCUGGCUCUUCGAGUCCCAGGUUGGAGCAUCCAGCAACGAGGAGGAAGGCAGUCCAAAACAGGCUGGCGCAGGUACCGUCCCGAGAAAGACCCCCAGCGUUCACAGCGACGGCAGGCCGUUCUCAUAUUACUACAGAGUGUCGGGCCAGAACCUGCAGGACUUCAGCCGGUUCAGAGUGGCUGCGUCUCUGCUACACUGGGCUGUAAGGUAUUUGUUAACUCCAGAACCACCAGAGAAUCCUCAAAGAGUUGACCGUUAGGACUAAAAUACCUUUUCAUCAGUGAAGCUCCUCUGUUACUCCACCAGAUGGCAGCAGAGCUUCAGAAUACCAACCGGAAACAAAAUUCCACUUUGUCAGGUUUAAGGCCAAAAGGUCCAAUAUUUCUUCUCAGGAGAACACAUCUGGUGCCUUUUCUGACCCAGACAUGCUGUAAGCAAUGAUGAUGGGGUGGGCUGGCAAAAUCUGAAAAUGUGUUCCUCGUUUUCCGAUGUCAUGUUGAGAAUUUCAUAAAAAAGUAGCGGCACUAUAAUCUUGAACAAGUCGACUUGAAUAUUUGAUGGUUCUGUAUGCUUUUUCUGCUACAUGCAGCGUAUUUUCAGGGUUGUGAGGAUAAACGUACCGGUUCUGUGUGGUUUCUCUGUAGCAGAGUUUAAAAUGUUUAUUAAAGACUAAAAAUGUUUUCUUAAAAA